AUGGGAGAAACGUCAUCUCCCACCCACAUAAUACGGGAAACAAAAAUGGCCGCAAUUCCGAGCACCAAACCUGAGACUGGAGUUACCACGAUUGAUGGACCUCCCGUCUACGUACAGGUUAAGAUAUUAUGCGUCUUCAUUGGGCUUUUAGCCAUCUGUUGGUUCGCCCUGAUGACCUUCUUCGUCUACCAGUUUCGAAAACCCUUGACGGUGGACUACGCCAAGGAUCGCAUCUCUUGGGGAAGCAGCAAUUCGGGCGUCGAGAAUAUCGAAGAGCUCGACAUGGAGGAUCUUGUUUGGAUUUCGAAGUUGCCUUGA